GCUAAGCGCGGCGGCACUUCCGGGAGCGGCGCGGCGGGGGACGAUGAGCUGGAUACCGUUCAAGAUCGGGCAGCCCAAGAAACAGAUUGUACCCAAGACAGUAGAGAGAGACUUUGAAAGGGAAUAUGGAAAGCUCCAGCAAUUGGAAGAUCAGACCAAAAAACUUCAGAAGGAUAUGAAGAAAAGCACAGAUGCAGAUUUGGCCAUGUCCAAAUCGGCUGUCAAAAUCUCCUCGGACCUUCUCUCCAACCCCUUGUGUGAGCAGGAGCCCAGCUUUCUGGAGAUGGUCACGGCCUUCGACACGGCGAUGAAGAGGAUGGACUCUUUCAACCAGGAGAAGGUGAAUCAGAUCCAAAAGACAGUCAUAGAGCCUUUGAAAAAGUUCAGCAGCGUUUUCCCCAGCCUGAACAUGGCAGUGAAGAGGAGGGAGCAAACGCUGCAGGAUUACAAACGCCUGCAGUCCAAGGUGGAGAAAUAUGAGGAGAAGGAGAGGACGGGCCCCGUCCUGGCCAAGCUGCACCAGGCCCGUGAAGAGCUGAGGCCGGUGAAGGAGGACUUUGAAGCCAAAAACAAGCAGCUCCUGGAGGAAAUGCCCAAGUUUUACAGCAGCCGCAUCGACUACUUCAAACCCAGCUUCGAGUCGCUGGUCCGGGCGCAGGUUGUCUACUACACGGAGAUGCACAAGAUUUUUGGGGACCUGACGGCUCAGAUCGACCGGCCCGGUUUGAGCGACGAGCAGAGGGAGAGGGAGAACGAUGCCAAGCUCAGCGAGCUGAGGGCUUUGUCCAUCGUGGCAGACGACUGAAACCCCCCCCUCCCAACCCCGAGGGGGGGUCCCGGUGAUGGGGAAAGGGCUGGGAAUCCCCCCCCACCUCCAGCUCCCCAGGGGGGGCUUUAUCCCUCCUCCCAGGAUAGGGUAUUGCCAGGGAGCACAGCAGAGCCCCCCAACUGGUUUCCAGAGGCAGUGUCUGUGUUAUCUUUGCCCCCCCCCCCACCUUAAUUAGGGGGUUUUAUAGCAGGAAAGUGAGCCAUCCUGCUCAGCUGAAGAUGGGGGGCACCCUCAACACCCCCCCAUCUCAAACCCAGGGCCAGAUGUGGCCCAGGCUCCUUGCCUUUGGGGCAGGAGAACCAAAUCACUCCUCCAGCUGCUGCUGGACCCUUCAUUUUGUGCCUUAGAAGCUCAAUAUCCC